CUUCAACAACGCCGAAACUUGGGUUUGAAUACGACAUGUUUCAUCCUUUUUUUGCGUCGCUGUAAUCGUAGGUUGCUAGCAACACGCAGUUGGGAUCAUUCAACGGAACAAAGCCGGGAAAUAUUGUUUAAUAUGAGACAUUCGUACCUGCCACUUCUGCUAUCUAGGAUACGGCCGCAAGCAGAACUUGCUUCUGCUUCUGCCAUCAGAAGCCACCUAUCUCGCUCUUCUACGAGGCUGUAUUCGACCGCAGAUUAUCUGAGUCGAUUGUCAAACACGCCGCCCUCCGCUCUCUCUUAUUCCACAACAACAAACAAGCCAUCCUCCGACAAAAUAAAUGCCUUCGAUGGAAAACAUACGACGUUUGAAUCCUAUUCGAAUGCGCACGCGGCACCUCAAAAUCACCGUGAGCCCGUUCGGCCCUUCCCUCUGUCGUCGAGGAAAUCGAUUUCGGGCUACAAGAACAUCGUCCCGCCCCCCUAUGCCGAGUCCGGAAUCCCACCACAAGUCGACGAUACCGUUCUGAUAUUUUCUGAGGACGAGUAUCUCGCAAACAUGAGGCACGCAGCAAAACUGGCACGGAGGGUCCUCGACCUCGCMUGUUCGGUGGCCAAGCCCGGCGUCACCACGGACGAAGUGGAUACGGUCGUGCACGAGGCGCUCCUGGAGGCGGGGGCCUACCCAUCCCCCCUGAACUAUGUCGGAUUCCCGAAAUCUCUUUGUUCCAGCAUCAACGAGGUCAUUUGCCACGGAAUUCCGGACACGCGCCCCCUCGAAUUCGGUGAUAUUGUCAGCUUCGAUGUGAGUUGUUUYAUCAAUGGAGUUCACGGAGACAAUUGCGCGACCAUCAUAGUAGGGGACGAGCAAGAGAACGACGAGAUCGGUACCGACUGGAGGGGCGUUCCCUACCUCGGCAGCGAGUACUUUGAGAACCGACCCGAAGCGGAUGAGCAAAUGAUUCGAUCGGCACGGCGGCUGGUGCACGCGGCGAGAGAAUCCCUUUACGAGGCCAUAMAUCGGAUCGGCCCCGGUUCUUGCCUCACGGACAUUGGAGCCGCAGUUCAAGACGUCGCGGAUUCCUACGGAUAUAGCACCGUCGCAAAGUACCGGGGGCACGGCAUCGGUACGGACUUUCACCGCCCGCCCUUCGUCAAACACUACCGCAACUACGACAAGCUUGAGCUGCUUCCCGGCAUGGUGUUUACGAUUGAGCCGAUGAUCGUGGAAGGCGCCUCGGAUUGUUUCGAAUGGAGCGACCACUGGACAGUGGCAACGUCCGAUGGAGGGAUGUCUGCACAAUUCGAGCACACUGUUUUGAUUAAGGAAGACGGUGUAGAAAUUUUGACGGUUCCGGAAUGAGUUGAGUUUGCCCAAGCUUGAUUGAAUAGGAUUGAAGUUGGUGUUGUGAAGAAAUAAACGCGGCCCCUAGAGUAUUUUGAAAUCACCCAGAGCAUUUGUGACCUCAAAAACAACAUUAUUAUAUACCUUGUCCCGACGUUCACAUUUACCGCAAGAAUGAACGCAAUGCGUUCACCAAAGUAUUGUUGAAUUCUGCCCUUAAUUUCAAUUGCUGAUUGAAAGACUUUACGAUGUCGAACAAGGAGCAUAGUAGGAU